CCCCCCAGGGGUGCCGGGGGCGAUGCCGGGGAGGCCGGGGGUGGUGCUGGCGAUGCCGAGGCAGGGACAGCCGGGGGCACCGGAGGGGGUGCCGAGGAGGGUACCGAGGGAAAAACGGCGCCGGCAGCAGCGGACAACGCCCGGCGCCGACAGGAACCCACUUGGCUUCAGGACGAGGACGACGAGCUGUGGCCUGAGUUCCCUCCCUGCUCGUCCCCAGAGGGGGCCACCAGCCCCAUGUCCCCCACGUCCCCCACGUCCCCCAUAUCCCCUACGUCCCCCAUGUCCCCUGCAUCUCCCACGUCCCCUAUGUCCCCUACAUCCCCUAUGUCCCCGGCAUCCCCAGCAUCCCCCACAGCUGGCACCACCGAGGACACGGGGGGCAGCAAGAGGGGUGCUCCAGCAGGGGGAACACGGGACAAGGCAGCCCCCGGUGCGGCGGGACAGAGGCUGAGGCUGGAGGGGGCCGGGGGACGGCCACGAGUGGGGACCCGGGCACAGGGGCGCAGCGCCAUCCUGGAGAAGUUCGGAGGCCCAGGUCCCCCCAGGGCUGCCAAGGGCCCAGCCCCACACCUGCGGCGCUCAGGGGGGGCUGCUACGGUCAAGACGAUGCUGCUGGAGUGGUGCCGCGCCCGCACCCGGGGGUACCCGCACGUGGACGUGCAGAACUUCUCGGGGAGCUGGGGCAGCGGCCUGGCCUUCUGCGCCCUCCUGCACAGCUUCUUCCCCGACGCCUUCGACUUCGCCACCCUGGACCCCAGCGCCCGCCGGGACAACUUCGCCCUGGCCUUUGCCACCGCCGAGGAGCGAGCGGGCUGUGCCCCGCUGCUGGAGGUGGAGGACAUGGUGCGGCUGCCGGUGCCCGACGCCAAGUGCGUGUACACGUACGUGCAGGAGCUGUACCGCUGCCUGGUGGCCAAGGGGCUCGUGAAGACCAAGAAGCGCUGAGAGGGUCCCCCACAGCCCCCCAGCUGUGCCAUCCCCCUCCUCGUCCCCUGCUCUGUCCCCCAGCAGUAAAGGCCAUGGUUCC